AUGGCCCCAGAGUGGUCCGUGGCCUCCCCGAGCAUAGCCCCUGCAGUGUGGGUCCCCACUGGGUCCAGUGGCAGCAAGGACCCGGGGAUGUGUCUCCAAGUGAAUCUUCUGUCCUUCGAGGAAUGUGGUGCUCAUGAGUCGGUCCCCGAGCUCAGCUACUCCAGGCCACGGCAUUUCUUUGAUUUCCUAUCGCUCUGCUGGGUAAGGACUUACGACUUCACAUUGUCAUUGCUGGUGAGCAAGGGCCUGGUGCCCAACAUGCACAGAAGCCACAACUGGCACCGGGGCCUGCAGAAAGAGCAAGCGGCGCCCGCGGCGAUCGGACAGGCUCUGCGGACUCCGGAGCCUGCUGCUGGGGCCACCAGUGACUUGCGAUCCCGCUCGCCUGCAGCCGCCGGCUGCCUGUGCGGCCCCUUCACAGAUGUAGUCACUACAAAUCUUAAAUUGCGAAAUCCAUCAGACAGAAAAGUGUGUUUCAAAGUGAAGACUACAGCACCUCGUCGGUACUGUGUGAGGCCCAACAGUGGAAUUAUUGACCCAGGAUCAACGGUCACCGUUUCAGUAAUGUUACAGCCCUUUGACUAUGAUCCAAAUGAAAAGAGCAAACACAAGUUUAUGGUACAGACAAUUUUUGCUCCACCAAACACUUCGGAUAUGGAAGCGGUGUGGAAAGAGGCAAAACCUGAUGAAUUAAUGGAUUCUAAAUUGAGAUGUGUAUUUGAAAUGCCGAAUGAAAAUGAUAAAUUGAAUGAUAUGGAGCCUAGCAAAGCUGUUCCACUGAAUGCAUCCAAACAAGAUGGACCCAUGCCAAAACCGCACAGUGUUUCACUCAGUGAUACCGAGACGCGGAAGCUCAUGGAAGAGUGUAAAAGACUUCAGGGAGAAAUGAUGAAGCUGUCAGAAGAAAAUCGACACCUGAGAGAGGAAGGCUUAAGGCUCAGGAAGGUAGCGCAUUCGGAGAAGCCUGGCUCGCCCUCGGCCGUGUCCUUCAGAGACAACGUCACCAGUCCUCUCCCCUCACUCCUUGUUGUGAUCGCAGCCAUCUUCAUCGGGUUCUUUCUAGGGAAGUUCAUCUUGUAGAGUGAAGCAUGCAGAGUGCUAUUCCUUUUUUUUUUUUCUCUUGACCAGAAAAAGAUUUGUUUACCUACCAUUUCACUGGUAGUAUGGCCCGCAGUGACCAUUUUUUGUGUGUACAGCGUCAAUACAGGCCUUGCCUCUAAUGAUCUUUUACGGUUAGAAAACACAGUAAAAAUUCGGCUGCUGGACAGGUUGUCUUAUCACCAAGUCAUCACUAGCAGGUGUCAGUGGCGCACUCAGUCCUUCAUGAAAUUCAUAAUAAAGAGUUGUUUUCUUUGUGGUUUUAAUAAGAGUUCAAGAAUUGUUCAGAGUCUUGUAAAUGUUAUUUUAAUAAUCCCUUUAAAUUUUAUCUGUUGCUGUUACCUCUUGAAAUAUGAUUUAGAUUGCUAAUAUCACUCAUUCAGGAAAUGCCAAGAGGUGUUCUGUGGGGAAAUGGUGCCUCUUACUGUGUACAUUUUCUCCUUUACCUUUGCUAAUAUCAUGGCGGAAUUUUUCUUACCCUUGUGAGGCAACUGUUCGCUGACAAAUCCUGUCCCAUGGUAUUUAACAUAAAAAAAAUAAAACUGUUACCAGAUUCUUGCUCGAUAGCUUGAUUGUGUCUGUGGUGUCAUUAGAGCGGGUGGCAGAAAGCCUUACGGGGUGGUGUUUGAAAUUUAUAGUGCAUAAUUUAGUAUUGAAACUCUUCCUUAUAGGUAGUACAGUAUUUAUAAUUAAAAGUACUCAUUCUGUUAAGGAAAUUCAUUGAUUAAAAUUUUAACUUGCUUUUGGAAAAUCAUAAUUGGUUUGUUUUCAAGAAAUACAAGCAAAUGGCAUGAAAAUAAAAGUGCUACAAUUUUGGUGUCUUUAUGUGUGUCACAAGGCCAUUUGAUAACCCCCCAACUAUUUUUUUUGGUACCGGGAAUCGAACUCAGGUCAUUGCGCUUGCAAGGCAGGCGGCAGAACCACUGAGCUAAAUCCCCAGCCCAAACCCCAUUCUUUAUCAGGUUCUUUUGGAGUCUUCACAGAAGACUUAUUCUCCUGAUUUUCAAGUAUUUACCCAGCCUAGUAAUUCUUACUAUGUUAUACAUUUCAUAAUAGUUAAAAGUAGGUGUUUUUUCCUGCCCAAGUUGACACUCAUAUUUUCAUUAUGGGAAUUCUGUGUUAGCAAGCCUUGGGCCUUUUGUGUGUGUGUGUGUGUGUGUGUGUGUGGAAAGUGACCUUUUCCUUUUCAAACCUGUUAAGCACAUGAGACACAUUUUCCAUGUGAAUAUUCCUUGUGGGGGCUGAUACUUUCCUGUACUUAGUCUUCUGUCUUCAUUUACUGUAACUCAUAUUGGGUUGGAAAGUUUGGAACCAGAGAACGUAACUGAGUGCAUUCUCAUACAAUUGAAUUUUUAUGCUUGGAAAUUAGUGUUGGUUUUUGAGAUUCCAUGUGGUGCAAUGAAGUGUGGUAGCUUGGAUCUGCGUACAUAUCUUACAGAAAAGUAAAAUGUUCUAAAGUAAUUUGGUUGUUUCCAUUUCAUACGUGUUUUGAGUUUGUUAGAUCACAUGUACUGUGUUCUUGUGCUCUUGAUAUCUUUUAUAAAACCCUUCCUUGUGAUCAAAAGUUACUAAAUAAUACCUAGCCAUUACUAGCAUGCUGCUGCUGGUAAUAUUUCCGUUGCUGUAUGAUUUACUGUUACUGUAAACCCCUUCUUUUUCUGAUAACUGGAAAAGCAUGCUAAAAAAGUCUUAUAUUUUCAUCCCAAACACACACUCAGUAAUUAGUUGGCCUGAAGCUCUCUAUGUAACUGACAUCAUUGAUGAUAAGUAUCAAGCUUGAUAUUUUCAUAAAUACAUUUAAAAAGGUUUUCAGUUAUCAAAAUUUAACAAAAUCCCGUUUUAUGGGAGUGCUCCUUAGAAUUCAUUUUGCUCAGCCCCUUGGUAGUUGAGGAAUCUGAGGCCUUCUGAGGGUUGGAGAGGACUUGCCCUUGUCCCACAGGUGGGUAGAGACAGCUGGCAUUAGCAGUAUGACUCCUGACUCUGGCUCUGUCCUCCCUGGUGACUUCGUAGGAAAGGAAUUGUCAUCAUUUGAAAGAUAGCUGAAAUAGUGAACGUAAGAUGCUAUUUAAUGAGUGGUUGUGAGAUUUUUCUGUCAUUAAGACCGUAUUUACAGGCCUGCUGUGUCUCAUGUGUACCUUAGUGUUUAGGCUAGCGGUGCCUCUCACAUGGGCCAUAAACAUUACAGUUUAUUUUUAGGAGGCAUUUUGAGAAAAACUGUAGUCUGCGUUAGCAUCUUCAGAAGUAAAUGUGGAUUUCUUAACUGUGUAUCAGCGGAUGCUCUGAUUGUUUAGGACUGUUUAAUAGUUCUAUGAAAUGUGAUCAGGUUAUUUUACUACCAAUACUUACACUUUCAGAAGAGUCCGGCUGUACUGACUGAUUGAUGAUAUAUAAAUUGUUCUUCGUGUGUUUAGAAAUGUUUUGCUUUGUCGAUCUGCUUACUGAUGGAAGUAAGCAUGGGGGGUUACUGUUGUUAGCACUGAAAUUACAAUCAAGUAACAAAGGCCUUAAGUUCACGUGUGAUGCUAAAUACACUACUUUCCUUCAUUAUUUCUAGAACUAAUGUACCUUAACUUUGCCUGUUCUUGUAUUUACAAGAAGCAAAUUUAAGAAUUGUGUUCUGAGUGUGUGGAAUAUUAUCUUCAAAGGAAAGAAGAGAAAUGACACUUGGAGAAAAAUAUCUGAUUCAGAAAUUCUGGUCAAAGAAAUAAUAGUUAAUUUUUCUUUGAAGUGUCUUUGCUGAAAAGUUCUGAAAUUGCUAUUACAGUAUAUGAUAAGGGAAUACUUUGGGCUGUGCUCUCUGAGAAUAUGAUACUGCUUUGAAAAAGAAUUGUAACACUUGUUAAAAAUAAAAACCGAUCUUAACAGAGUAUGUGUCCACAUUGUGAUAAGCCACUUUAGAAACCCUUCAGUGAUCGUUUCCAUAGAGCUGUGCACAUUCCUAUCACUGACUUUAGUGUGUGCAUAGAUUUCAAACAUUGACCUUUAGGAGGGUUAGGGAAAGAGCAAUGCUUAAUACUAUGGAAAAACAAAAUCAAGAUAAAUAAGCGAUCUUAUUUUCUAGCUUUCAAGGGGAAUUAAACUAUUGUGAGUAAAUAAACUG